ACCCGCACUGUGGUGGCACUUCAGGGAUGCCAGAGACCAUGAUGCCUCUGUCAGUGUUGACACCUCCUCAUUUGACCCCUCUCUGGGAGGCCCAGGACUGCCACCUCCCAAACAAGCCAGCUCUGGACCCUGAAAAUGGUCCAUGGGGACAAGGACUUUCCCUGUUGAUGGGAGUUCUUCAGGUCUGCUUAACCUGUAUGCUUGUAGGGGGAGGGGAGAGAGGGGCAGGAAAUUUGAACUCUGAACCCUGGACAGGCAGGGGCCAGGAUGCUAAGACCCUCCAACUCUGCUUAGGGCCCCUCUAGGGCUGAAGUUUUCCCCGGGCCUGUGGGAGCUGGGCGGGGCCUCCUCUCUGGCCGGGCUCUAGUUUCCGUGGAAACCCACAGGCUUCCCACCCCAGCGCUGCCUGGGCAGGCUCCCAGCUGGGGCCUCAUCCGCAGCCAGCCUCUCCUCCCCAGUCCAGUCUGCUCCACCUCGGCCUCUCUUGGUCCCCUCCCUGAGUCCCCAAGCCUCUGGCCUCUUCCACUGGCCGCUGAUGCCUUCUGGGCCUCUCCUGCCUCAUUCCUAAACUUUAGCUUCUCAGCAAACAGGCCUCUGGAUCUCUUAUCCCUCCCUCUCAGGCCUUUCUAGCUCUUCACCAGCUCUAGGGCUCAGCCAGGCCUCCUGCUCCUUCCAUGUACUGUCUCUCCCACACAUAACAAGCCUCCUAGGCUGUUCCUCCUGCUUAGUCCCCUGCCCCACACAUGGAGACCCCAGGACUGGUUGUGCAUGGGGAGGCCGCACCUUUUUCCACAGCACUCCGGAGCCUCGUCAACAACCCCUUAUACAGUGAUGUUCGCUUUGUGGUCGGUCAAGAACGGCAGGAGGUGUUUGCCCACCGGUGCUUGCUGGCGUGUAGAUGCAACUUCUUCCAGCGACUUCUGAGCUCAGAGCCAGGCCCUGGGGUGCCUAGCCCUGUGGUGCUAAGUACCGUGCCAGCUGAGGCCUUUCUGGCAGUGCUGGAGUUUCUGUAUACCAACAGUGCCAAGCUGCAACGCCACUCUGUGACCGUCUCCUUUCCCCUGCCUCUUAUGGGCGAGGUUCACACCCUGCCUCACACACCCGCUAACCUGGAGAGGAAUGUGCACCAAUACAGAAAGAAGUAUGGGUAUCUUUCCCAGCUGUGCCUGGAGUUUGUGGUGAAGGCACUGGACGUGGAGCUCGUUUGUGAGGCCCUGCAGGUUGCUGUAACCUUUGGCCUGGGACAGCUGCAGGAGCGUUGUGUGGCUUUCAUUGAGGCCCACAGCCAGGAGACCCUCCGGACCCGUGGUUUCCUGGAGCUGUCUGCGCCCGCGUUGCUGCCCUUGCUGCGAAGCGACAAGCUCUGUGUGGACGAGGCCGAGCUGGUCCUGGCAGCCCGGAGUUGGGCGCGCGUGGGCGCGGCGGUGCUAGAGCGGUCUGUGGCCGAGGUGGCGGCCCCGGUGGUGCGGGAGCUGAGACUGGCCUUGCUGGCUCCGGCAGAGCUGAGCGCCCUGGAAGAACAGAACCGGCGGGAGCCGCUCAUCCCGGUGGAACAGAUCGUGGAGGCGUGGAAGUGUCACGCUCUGCGGAGAGGGGAUGCGGCCCGGGGCACCCCGUGCCGCCGCCGGAGGGGCACUCUGCCCCGGGAGCAUCAUCGCUUUUUGGAUCUGCCCUUUAAGUGACCAGUGCCAUGACUUGCGAAGCAUUCUGCGCCUCUCUUAAACUGCAGCUCCCAACACGCUCGGCGCUCAAAGCGGGCUUCCGCUCCCAGAAUGCUUCGCAAGUCGGGGCGGGAAGUACCAAUGUGUGCCAAACGCAGGCGCUAUGGGUGAGGUUCCGUCGGUGGGCGGGCCUGAACGCCGCGCUCUUCCGCUGAGCCUUGGCCUCCAACCCUGCGCAAAGCCCGAAAGCAGUUUCUGUGCCCGCGUGUGUCUCUGAGCACUACCGCCCGCCUCCUUUACUCCUGUAAUUCCCACGUAUCUUUUCAACUCAGCCCCCUCUUUAACUCCAGACCUGGCUCCUGGCGAUCUCUCUCCAUAUGUCCCACAGACACUUAAGACUCAAUCCAAAAUUGUGCUUGUCCUUCAUCUUUCCCCAGUUCUGCCCCCAUCGUGUUUCUCAUCUCCAUGGGUGCUAAAGCCAGAAACCUAGAUGUCAUCCUUGCUUUAUUCUUCUUCACAUUUGCCUCCCAUGGCUUCUAUUUCUUAAAAGACUGAAAGCAGAAUAUGCCACCCCAAAAUAUGCUGUUUUGGCAUAGGGUUGUUUUAAGCUGAUUAUUUUGAGAAAAAGGAGACGUUUUGAAAACAGAAAAGUUACCCUUUUGUAGGGGAAAUUUUUAUAAACUAAAUCUACAUUGGUAAGGGUGUCUCCCUCUUUGUACAGAAGGAUGACUAAUUUACAGGAGACUUCCUGUGAAAUCACUAAGAUUUGCUUAAUAAACCUCCUUGCUUUCGGUGCUUUUUCCUGACGGCCUUCCCAUAUCUGGCCUCCCCACUUUUCUUUCCUCAUUAGCUGAAGGAAGUAUUUAAGCAGGUAUUUUCGGCCACCUCUGGGAGUUACUGAUUUUUCCCUGGGUAUCUCCCAUGUAUAUGUGAGAUAUACAUGUUAAUAAACUUCCAUUUUUGUUUCUC